CUUCAAAAGCUGAAAAUUACUUGACUAGGUUCAACACCUCCGCUUCUGCACCGCAACCUCGCGAACCAUUUGUUGUGGGGAAAGCUGGGGAAGUCGCAAGAUUAUAACACUCGAGUUGCGGAGAAAAAGCUUGGCUGCCCUCUUCUCGUACUUCUUUGAGCCCUUCGCCAAGUAAAAAAAAAUCGGCAUUUCUAUCGCAACAACGUCCAUUUCCCCUCAACACAGAAGCCAUGCGCAGACUUGGACCGCACGAGAGCGUCUCCUGGCCUGUUGGGGUCGCCAACCUUGACUUCAUGGACGCGUCGAGGUGGCGUUGUUGCUACGGGUGUUCCGCCAUCUUAUGAACCACGUCUUUCGCCGAUGACACACGCCAACGGGAAUUUGCCCGUCAGAUACUUUGUGCUUGUCUCAUCGCGCUCUGUCCAUACUGGUCUUCUAACCCGUUAGAUACGAAUCGCCAUCCACAACACAAGGCGCACGAUGGACAAACCGCUUCCUACAGAAAGGCCAGCACAGACGGUGACUGAGAUCCUUGAAACCCAAUCAAAGAACAGUUCCCACGGGCGCUUCGGACUGACUCCGUCGCUAAUAAAACUCUACUUGCUCCUUGCCCCCGCCUGUCUCGUAAUCUGUGCCACCAACGGUUACGAUGGCUCUGUACUUACAGGCCUCCAGGGCAUCGAGCGUUGGAGGUCGCAGUUUGGCGACCCAAAAGGCGCUCUCCUAGGCAUUACCACGGCCGCCUUGCCUUUGGGCUCCAUCGUCUCGACCCCAUUUUCGGCCUGGUUAUCGGACCGCUGGGGUAGGCGCUCGUCCAUCCUGGUUGGGAGCUUCAUCAUGAUCAUUGGCGUCAUCUUGCAAUGCGUCAGCACCAGCAUCGGCACCUUCCUCGGCGGCCGGAUGAUCAUCGGCUUCGGCAUCACCAUGGCCCUGACCGCCGGGCCCAUCCUCAUCUCGGAGCUCGCACACCCGCGUCAUCGCGCUGCCCCAGCCUGUGUUCAGAUGUUCUUCGUCUGGUUCCUCCCGGAGAGUCCCCGAUGGCUUGUCUUUUGUGACAGAAGCGACGAGGCAUACAAAACCUUGGCGACGUAUCAUGGAGGAGGGAACUGGGAGGAUCCCUUGGUUCGAGCCGAGUUUUGGGAGAUGAAAGAAACGCUGAUGGCAGAGAAGGCGACAAAGGGUGUUGGCCCUGGAAUCUUUCUAAAAACACCGGCGAACCGUAAGCGCUUGGUAAUAUUGAUUACAUUAGCCGUCUUUGGACAAUGGUCUGGCAAUGGGCUCGUAUCGUACUACUUGACAAAGAUUUUCACCAGCAUCGGAAUUACGACACAAGGAGAGCAGACGAUGCUAAACGGAACCAUUGCAACCGUCAAUUAUGCCACGGCGCUAAUGUCCGCAGUUAUGGCUAACAAGUUUGGACGGCGACAAAUGUUUGUUGGUGGUGCCAUCGCCAUGUUCAUAUCGUUCUCUUCACUCACGGCCAGUCUAGCCGUCUACAAUGAAACGGGGAGUAAUGCUGCAAGCAAGUCUGCACUGGGAUUUAUCUUUAUCUACUUUGCAUGCUACAACGUUUGCUUGAAUCCUCUAAUCUUUGUAUACCCCGUUGAGGUUUUGACCUACAAGCAACGUGCGACGGGUCUUUCGAUAUUUUUGUUCGUCAUGAAGACCGCAUCCGUUUUUAACCAGUUCGUCGACCCUAUUGGGAUGGACGCCCUAGGCUGGAAGUUUUAUCUCGUCUACUGCUGCUGGCUACUCAUCGAGAUCACUGUCUUCUACUUUCUGUACCCCGAAACGAAGGGUUACACUCUUGAGCGCAUGCAAGAGGUCUUUGGCGACGUCAUCAAAUAUGACUGCCCAGAAGAAAAGGCGACUAUUGCUGGAAACCUUGACGAGGCGGCCGAGAAGGCAUCGAUGAAGGACGACAGUUACAAACACGUUGAGAAGGCGGGCUGAGGGCCGAAGCAUAAAGAGAAGAUAUAGAGCUUCUUAGACUUAGUUGUAGGGAAGAGCUAUCAUGCAGUCGCUACAUAGGGAGACUGCCUCUUGAGAAGCUCACUGAGCUGAACCUGCCUAGAAAUCAGAAAUGAGAAAUGCCCAGAUUGCUCCCGG